AUGCCAGAGGGCGCCAGGGAGCUGAUCCAGUGCCGAGUGAGUGAGGACGGCCUCCUCCUCUUCAUCACUGACAUUCCAGAGCAGGCCAUCGAGGAGCCGCAGGAGAAGGAGGCGCCGGUGCUGCAGGAGUCGUCCAACGCUGAGCAGACGGCCAAUGACGGCGGAAACUCCGGCCUGAAGUCGGUGCUGUCGGCGGGGAAGACUCAGAGCUCGUGGCCCGACAGCAGCGACCGACCUGUCGUCACCUUCAAGGAGAACAUCAAACCCCGAGAGCAGAGCCGAGAGCCCACGCGAAACCAUCAUCUGAAAGACAGCGGCAAGGAGCGCCGAGACUUCACCAAAGGCAACGGGGCUGCUGGGAAAGGAGAGCUGAAGAGGGACGCCAAGAGGAAGAGCGAGCUGAAAAAAGCCGGACAUGAGAAAACUGCUGAUGCUGGAAAACAGGUGAAGGCGCAGACGGAGCUGAGGAAGACUCCGGUGUCUGAAGCGAAGAAGACUCCUGCCACUCAAACUCAAACUACCUGCUCCUCCCAGUUCAUCCCCAUCCAUCAUCCUGGAGCCUUCCCGCCGCUGCCCAGCAGACCUGGUGCAAAUAAGCUCAUCUUUGGCAGUGGGACCAGUUUAACCAUUGAACCCAGUGAGUACUGA